CAAAGGCGCGGGAGGAGGGACCUGUCACCCGAGGCGCUGGGGAAUCGGGGAAUCGUCCCCUCGGCUCUCCGUCCUGCUGGGCACCCCCGGGGCAGCCAUGUACCCCCCGCAGUGGCUCGCAGCCUGGGUGCUCCUGCUCCACCACGGCUGUGCCGCGGGCCGGCCGCCGCAGGCUGCCUCCGCCAGGACCGACAUCCGGGACUGCUCCACGGACCCACCGUACCUGCCCCCUACGGCCACCAACACAACGGCGCGGCUCGCCGCUCUGCGGGACGCCAUGCGAGCCCACGGCGUCCAUGCCUACAUCGUGCCCUCCACGGAUGCCCACAUGAGCGAGUACAUCGCCGAGCGGGAUGCCCGGCUGGGCUGGCUGACCGGCUUCACCGGCUCUGCAGGCACCGGCGUGGUGACGCAGGACAAGGCUGCCCUGUGGACCGACAGCCGCUACUGGACCCAGGCGGAGCGGCAGCUGGACUGCAACUGGGAGCUGCAGAGGACAACCUGGAUCAAGUCCAUCGGACUGUGGAUCCUGGAGGCGGUUCCCGUGGGGGGGAACAUCAGCUUGGACCCCUUCCUCUUCUCCAUCGACACCUGGAACAGCUACAGCCAGGCUCUGCACGGCUCUGGCAGGACCCUGCUCCCCAUCGAGACCAACCUUGUGGAUCAAGUGUGGGGUGACCAGAGACCCUCUCCCGCCUCCGGCGAGAUCUACAGCCUCCCGACGGCGUUCACGGGGAGCAGCUGGCAGGAGAAGGUGGCUGGGAUUCGGCAGCAGAUGGAGCAGCACGUCCGACGCCCCACGGCCGUGCUGCUCUCGGGGCUGGAGGAGACGGCCUGGCUCUUCAAUCUCCGCGGAGAUGACAUCCCCUACAACCCCGUCUUUUACGCCUACACCCUGCUGACCAACACCACCAUAAGCCUGUUUGUGGACGAGACGCGGCUGGCGGCGGCGGCGCGGCAGUCCCUGCAGGCAGGCUGCCCGGGGCCGCUGUGCGUGGAGCUGCAGCAGUAUGGGCAGGUGGGCGCCCACCUCCGCGGCUACACCCAGGAUAACGUCACCGUCUGGCUGGGCACCGAGUACACCACCUACGGCCUCUACAGCGUCAUCCCCCAGGAGAAGCUGCUGGAGGACAGCUACUCCCCCGUCAUGCUGGCCAAGGCUGUGAAAAACAUCAAGGAGCAGGAGCUGCUGCGAGCCGCUCACGUUCGGGACGCGGUUGCUGUCAUCCAGUACCUGCUGUGGCUGGAGAAGAUGGUCCCGCAGGGGCAGGUGGACGAGUUUUCGGGGGCACAGCACAUCGACACACUCCGACAGGCCCAGGAGCACAGCCGUGGGCCCAGCUUCCAGUCCAUCUCCGCCAGCGGGCUCAACGCCGCGCUGGCCCACUACAGCCCCUCCAACGGGAGCAGCCGGAAGCUGUCUGUGGAUGAGAUGUACCUUUCGGACACCGGCGGGCAAUAUCUGGACGGGACGACAGACAUCACGCGGACGAUGCACUGGGGUGUGCCGACCCCGCUCCAGAAGGAAGCCUACACCCGCGUGCUGAUGGGCAACAUCGACCUGUCCCGCCUCGUCUUCCCACCCAACACGGCAGGGAGAACGGUGGAGUCCUUUGCCCGUCGGGCGCUCUGGGACGUGGGACUCAACUACGGCCACGGGACCGGCCACGGCAUCGGCAACUUCCUCUCGGUCCAUGAGUGGCCCGUGGGCUUCCAGUCCAACAACGUGCCGCUGACGGCCGGCAUGUUCACCUCCAUCGAGCCCGGGUACUACCGGGACGGCGAGUUCGGGAUCCGAAUCGAAGACAUCGCCCUCGUGGUGGAGGCGCAGACCGAGGUAGUGCGACGGGGCUGGGCAAAGGGGUGGCACGGCACGGGGGGGCUGCACCAAGCAGGGGUGGGGGCACCAAACGGCACCUCUCUGCGGCAGCACCAGAGCGGGGAGGAGCCCUUCCUGACCUUCGAGGUGGUGUCCCUGGUGCCCUACGACCGCAACCUCAUCGACCUCAGCCUCCUGUCACCGGAGCAGAUCCGGUACCUGAACGCCUACUACGAGACCAUCCGGGCACGCGUGGGGCCCGAGCUGCAGCGGCAGCAGCUGGAGGAGGAGUACCGCUGGCUGCAGAGGAGCACCGAGCCCUUCCCGCUGGGCAGCGCCGCCGCCACCACCGCCACCCUGGGCACGCUGGCCCUCGCCUCCCUCCUCUCCGCACUGCUCACCGGGUUGCAGGCCUGACCCCGCCGCCGGCCAGCCCCCUUCCCGCUGCGGAUCUUUCUUCUCCCUGCCGCUCACUUCCUUUUUUUUUCUUUUCUAUUUGCUCGUCGGUGAUUAAACAUGAGCAAUGCCGG